GUGCCUGGCAAGGCCUGCAUGCUGAUUUUCUACUUAUAUCUGAUGGCAUCUUGUUUCUAUAGCCGAACCGGCUCCGAGACCACCACUCUGAUUUGAAGCUAGAUCUACCUACGCACGCCGAUAGUUACCCACUAGAUGCCCGAACGAUGGCUGUUAUUAGCAUUGCAUGGAUAUCUCCAAUAGCAGUUGCCCAUAUGAUCAUUCUAGCAGCCUCGUUCGGAGUCCUAUCAUAUACCCAUUGGCCGUGUCCGAGCCGGUCAUGUAGUUAUUCCAUCAUCGAUCACUUAUAUGUAGGUAUAUAUACACACACAUAAAUAAGAUGCCCCCCCCAAUCUUUUCCUUUAGUAUAUGAUAUCCCUAGGCCAAUUCACUCAGUUUCCAGACGACUAACAACCGCAAGACACCUCAUGAUAUAACAUGUCUGGUCCAUCGCCAGAUGCCACCUCGGAACAAAAUGGCCGAGGCCACCACAACAACGCAGAAAAGGUCAAGGCGAGGACAUCUGAUGUGAAAUCCACAGAAGGUGCCGCAGACGAAGAGCCGCCCACCGAAAUGCCUGUUCCUUCAGGGAAGAAAUACAGUGUCUUCACUACCUUCGAGAAAAGGGCCAUUGUCCUUGGCGCCGCUGCCGGGGCUUUCUUCUCCCCGUUGUCUGCCCAGAUCUACUUCCCGGCUCUCGAGACCCUUUCACGCGACCUACAUAUCUCCAUCACCGAGGUCAAUUUGACCGUGACUACCUACAUGAUCGUUCAAGCUAUCGCGCCUAUGUUCGUGGGCUCGUUAGCCGACUCGGCCGGACGGCGUCCGGCCUAUAUCUUGUGCUUCAUCAUAUAUAUAGCUGCCUGUAUUGGGUGUGCUUUAGCUCCCAACUAUGCUGCUCUGCUAGUUCUCCGAGCUUUGCAGGCCGCCGGCUCAAGUGCCACCGUCUCCUUAUGCCAGGCUGUCGUGUCUGACGUAGUGACAUCGGCUGAACGUGGUUCUUACGUGGGCUUCACCUCUGUCCCUAUAAUAUUCGCACCCUCAGUCGGCCCCGUCAUAGGCGGCGUCAUAUCCCAAUACCUAGGCUGGCGCUGGAUCUUUUGGUUCUUGACAAUACUCGCCGGCUUUGUCCUCGUCCUGUUUCUGCUCUUCAUGCCAGAGACUUGUCGACUCAUCGUGGACGAUGGGUCAGUCCGUCCUCAUACGUUCUACCGCACCUUUUGGCAGCUGAUCAAAGAUGCUAACCGCAAGAAGAAAGCCAUCCCGGGUACAUCUGCCACAGAGAAAGAUUCAAAAGGACAGAGCAGCCGUAUCCAGCGACCAAACCUUGCGCGGACCUUGUUCAUACUAUUCGAGAAGGAAAUGUUUUUGUUAUUGAUGUACAGCAGCUUGAUAUACGCCGGUUUUUACGCCGUCUCUACGGCCAUCCCGGCCCAGUUCGCCAGCCUUUACGGCUUCAGUGGUCUCAAGAUCGGACUCAUAUAUAUACCUCUGGGCGUGGGCUCUAUCGUGGCGGUUUUCGUCAUGGGAAAAUUAGCAAACUGGAACUAUAGGCGAAUCUGCAAGAAACUCAACAUUCCAUACGACAAGAGCCGUCAGCAAAACAUGGCGGGCUUUCCUAUUGAACAAGCUCGCCUACAGAUCAGUCUUCCGUUUCUGGCCUUAUUCACGUUGGUCCUAAUCGGGUUUGGCUGGGCAGUCCAGUACAAGGCACAUUUGGCUGUUGAGAUCGUUUUACUAUUCUUACAGGGCGUUACGCUCGUUGCUUUUUCGAACCUCCUUAGCACGCUCAUCGUAGAUAUCAAUCCUGGUGCUGCUGGUGCCGCCACGGCGGCUAACAAUCUUACUCGGUGUCUGGUUGGAGCGGGUGCCUCGGCCUUUAUCAACCCACUCAUGACUGCCGUUGGGCCGGGAUGGGCUUUCACUAUUAUUGGCCUCUCCUACGUGGUCUUCUUUCCCGCGUUGUGGCUUGUGCUGAAAAACGGAGUUAAGUGGCGCGAGGAUAAGGCCCGGAAGGCAGAGUUGAAGAAGCAGCAGAAACAACAAGGAGAACAUAGCGCUGACCAUGUUCCGAACUCUGGGCAAGAGCAUGAGAAAGAUGGAGAUCAGAGUGGCUGA